UUUCUUCGCCUCUUUUCGGUUAGAGCAAAAGGUGGAGUACGACCUCGGUUAUUCCGAUCGACGCCAUUUCUCAACGACGAAGGAUUCCUAGCGUUACUUGUUCUCCUCUAUCUAUUUCCGAUCUGAUCGAUUCAUCGUCCUCCAUAUCACCCCGUCACCGUCUCCCGCCUUGUUCUUUCCGUCCCGAUCGACUCUCGUUUGCCGUAUUAUGCUGUUUGUUUCUUCCACAAAUCGCUUUCCUUCUAUUCCUACCUCUCUACCCUCUUGUUGCGUUACUUGUUCGGUUUUCGGUGAUUAGGGUUGCUGUUUGUGAAGAAAUGUGAGAAUUUUUUUUAUUCUUGCGUUGAUUAAUUGUGCCAUUUGAAUAUUUUUAUAUAUCUCGAUACGUAUGUGCAUAGAUAAAUUGGGAGAUUAGGGUUUUUAAUUUUUGUGCGUAUUUGGCCAUAGUUGUGUUUUUCUGGGGCUAUGUAUAUUGAAGAGUUGAAAGAGGAAGAAGAGGGGGUGAAGAGAGUUGGGGAAGAUGAAAAUAGCAGCGUUUGUCCAAAGGACAGUGCUUUUGCCGCCAAAAAAAGGGUUGUCAUAUUGGAUGCGAAGAGGUUGUUGGUAGGUGCGGGGGCUCGUGCUUUAUUUUACCCGACUCUGCUUUACAAUGUUGUCAGGAACAGGAUUGAGUCUGAAUUCCGGUGGUGGGAUAGAGUCGAUGAGUUUAUCCUUUUAGGUGCUGUUCCGUUCCCUUCUGAUGUUCCAAGGCUAAAGGAGCAUGGUGUUUUAGGAGUAAUCACUUUAAAUGAACCAUAUGAGACUUUGGUACCAACUUCUCUUUAUAAAAGUUAUGGCAUUGAGCAUCUGGUGAUUCCUACCAGAGACUACUAUUUUGCACCUUCACUUACUGAUAUAUGUCAGGCAGUGAACUUCAUUCAUCGAAAUGCUUCACAUGGACAAACUACAUAUGUCCACUGCAAAGCCGGUCGUGGGCGUAGCACAACCAUUGUUUUAUGUUACCUGGUCCAACACAAGCAGAUGACCCCUGAAGCUGCAUACAGUUAUGUGAAGUCGAUAAGGCCAAGGGUGCUUUUAGCCCCUUGCCAAUGGCAGGCUGUCCAGGAAUUUUACCAUUUUAACUUAAAGAUUGGCAGCCAUGUGGCUGACUUAAUUAUGACAAGUCCAAAGUACGCUCCUUGUCAAGAUCUUUUGGCCUUUGAUGAAGGUUCCGUAGUAGUGGUAACAGAAGCUGAUCUUGACGGAUAUGAUCCAUCUCUUGAAUCUAGUGCUGUUGGAAGUGAGAUAUGGGCAGAUGUAAGUGUGGUCUGCCGAGUUAGAGUUGCUGGUCAGGCAGCACUUGCCAGGGUCUCCUGCCUUUGGCUCCGCUGUCGUGCUCACGAAAAGAUUGCAUCAGAGAAGCUGGUUAGGGAGAACAGCUGCCUGGGAAGUUUUAGUGUAGACAUUCAUGUCUACUGAAUCUGCACAUAAGAAGUUUAAGAGGUUGUAUGUUUUGCUUUCUUUUGCGUUCAUAAGUACCAAUAACGUUUUCACAACGCAACUAGAGCUGUGUUUCUCUUUUCUCUUUGUAAAGCCGGAUGCUAUUUCUGAAUCACGUCGGACAAAAGUUGCGUAACACGUCAAGUGUUUAUAUUGAUGCAUUCUGUGGAAAAUUUCCCUUUGCUUGUGCAAUUAGCCGACAGCUGCCAAGCAUGGAUUGUGCCUUCGUGUUUAGGAGUCCACUUCUGUUGGAAGUCAGCCUAAUGCAAAGUAGCUGAACUAACCAAAAAAGAGAAGUUGUGCCGUCCCAAUCUUGGAAUUGCAUUUCAAGGGUGAGUCCUAACAGUUUCGCAAAAAAUGCCUCCACUUGGCUAUAACACAAACACUCGGCUCAAUACAAUCCAAGAUGUGUU